CCGGCGCUCCGGGCCCAGCGCCCGCCGGGGCGCGGCGGUGCGGGCAGUCGGUGCGGGAGCGGGGCCGGGAGCGGAGCUCCGCGGAGCCAUGACCUCCCGCAGGUGGUUUCAUCCCAACAUCAGUGGGAUUGAGGCCGAGAAGCUCCUCCUGACCAGGGGUGUCCAUGGCAGCUUCCUGGCUCGCCCCAGCAAGAGCAACCCCGGGGACUUCACUCUCUCUGUCAGGAGGAACGACGAGGUGACCCACAUCAAGAUCCAGAACACGGGGGAUUACUAUGACCUGUAUGGGGGUGAGAAGUUUGCCACCCUGGCAGAGCUGGUGCAGUACUACACCGAGCAGCAGGGGCUGCUCAGGGAGAAGAACAGCAACGUCAUCGAGCUCAAGUACCCUCUGAACUGCCAGGACCCCACCUCGGAGAGGUGGUACCACGGGCACCUCACGGGCAAGGAGGCGGAGAAGCUGCUGACGGAGAAGGGGAAGCCGGGGAGUUUCCUGGUGAGGGAGAGCCAGAGCAAACCGGGAGACUUCGUCCUGUCCGUGCUGACCAACGAGGACAAGAUGGAGAGCGGGGACCGAAAACCACACGUGACCCACGUGAUGAUCCACUACCAGCUGGAUGGGAAGUACGACGUGGGGGGAGGAGAGAGGUUCGACACGCUCACAGACCUGGUGGAGCACUACAAGAAGAACCCCAUGGUGGAGAAGUCUGGAGCUGUGGUUCACCUGAAGCAGCCCUUCAACGCCACGCGCAUCAACGCAGCCAACAUCGAGAACAGGGUGAAGGAGCUCAACAAAAUGGCAGAUCACAGUGAGAAGGCCAAGCAGGGGUUCUGGGAAGAGUUUGAGAUGCUGCAGCAGCAGGAGUGCAAGCUCCUGUACCCCAGGAAGGAGGGACAGCGACCGGAGAACAAGGCCAAGAAUCGCUACAAGAACAUCCUUCCCUUUGACACCACCCGGGUGGCCCUCAGGGACGUGGAUGAGAGUGUGCCUGGCUCAGACUACAUCAAUGCCAACUACAUCAAGAGCAUCCCUGAAGAUGGAAGGAGCUCGGAGCACUGCAAGGUCUAUAUAGCCACCCAGGGCUGCCUGCAGACCACUGUGAACGACUUCUGGGCCAUGGUGUACCAGGAGAACACCCACGUCAUUGUCAUGACCACCAAGGAGGUGGAACGGGGCCGGAACAAAUGCUUCCGUUACUGGCCCGACAAGGGCAGCACCAAGGAGUUUGGGGGCAUCUGCGUGCGCCACGUGAGCGAGCGCGAGGCCCAGGGCUAUUUGCUGCGGGAGCUGGAGAUCCUGCGGCCGGACAGGGACGAGCGGCCCAGGCUGGUGAGGCACUACCAGUACUUCAGCUGGCCCGACCACGGCGUGCCCAACGAGCCAGGAGGGGUUCUCAGCUUUCUGGACCAAGUGAAUCGGGCCCAGCGCAGCAUUCCGGGCACCGGGCCCAUCGUGGUGCACUGCAGUGCUGGCAUCGGACGCACGGGCACCAUCAUAGUGAUCGAUAUUCUGGUGGAUACCAUCCACAGGCAAGGCCUGGACUGCGACAUCGACAUCCCCAAGACGAUCCAGAUGGUGCGGCGGCAGCGCUCGGGGAUGGUGCAGACGGAGGCUCAGUACAAGUUCGUGUACAUGGCGGUGCAGCAGUUCAUCGAGGCCGAGCAGAAGAGGCUGGAGGAAGAACAGAGGAAUAAAAGGAAAGAACGAGACUACCUGAACAUUGGCUACCCUCCCAUGGAAAAGGGCAGAGCCAAAGGGCAGCCCCCCUCCCCACGGACCCCCUCUGGGGUGGAUGAGGAGUCAGCUUCCGUCCUCUACGAGAACCUCAACAUCAAAAGCCCAAAGGUUUCAGGGAUGAGUAAUUCAGGGCGAUAGAGGAGCUGUGUGGAGGCUCCACAGGAUUUCCAGUGUUUACGUCCACCCUCCCCAAGUUCUGCGACCGAGGACAGUUUUGUUUGCCUGUCUUGCCUUCCCCCAAGCACCUUGGAUUUGGAGAGGAGGGGAGAAGCUGCCCGAGAACCUGCACCUAAGAACAUGCCUUAUCCUAACUUAUUCAUGAGAAGGAUCUCCUCCCACCCUCCCCCUGCAUCAGAUAUUUAUGUGAAAGUGCCUCUGGACAUUCAUUAGGGCAUCAAGGCUCAGCUUCAGGGUUGUUUUGUUUUUUGCCUUUUUUUUUUUUUUUUACUAUUUUAAUUUAAACUUCUUAUUUUUUACACGCGAAAGGAACGGAAACAACUCUUUGCUCGAAGCUUUCCCGGGGUCUUUGCCCACUCAGGGCUUCAGUAAAACCUUACCACUGUCAGGUUUUCAUUGGGUCAGCCCAUUUCUAAGCUACAAAGUGGUUUGAAGCCUAAAUCCUGGAGUAACUUUGCCUGUGAGGGUGAGAAGUGGAGAGCACUGCCUGGCCCCAGCUGCUGCCUCUCCUCACACCUUUUGGCUGUAGCAGUUCCCAGAUUUCCUAUGCAACGCUGCCAGAGCCACAUGGAAUGAUCCCUGCUCCGUGUGCAGCCUCCAAACUGCUCUUCCCAGUUCUCCAGCAGAGUUGAGGGGCACAGAGGGGGCACCUCCAUCCUCAAUGCUGGGCUCAGGGAGGUCCCCCCCGGGUGCUGAGGAGCAGGGACACAGCUCUGGGCACUGGGCUUUCAGCCACCCCUGCUGAGAGCAGCCUGGGGGGAUGAUCCCAGCUGGAAUUCUGGAGCUGGGCCCCCUCUAAGCUCGAUGCAGCUCUGCCACCACCUUUUUGCCACCCCCUUCCACGCCUCUGUGACAAGGCAAGUGUUGUUUCUGCCGAGUAGGGCUGUCGUAGGUGUGUUUGUGACCUGAGCAGUGCCAGGAAACGAGUGUGUUGCAGAGUGGAGUGUCCCAGCUCUCGUAAGUCUUUAGUGCUUCCCGCAGUUCCAGCCCCAAGUCCUGCCAAAGAAACCCUUCCUGCAGGAUCCCUCAGCCUGGAAGUGUGUUCUGGGGGGAGCCUUGGGUCUGAGGGCCAGUGCCUGAACCCCUAGAGCAGUUUUAGGUCUUAGAGUCAGUGCCUGAACCCCCAGAGCAGUUUUAGGUCUGAGGACAAAGUGCCUGAACCCCCAGAGCGGUUUUGGGUCUGGGAAUAAAAUGCCUGAACCCCCAGAGCAGUUUUGGGUCUUAGGGUCAGUGCCUGAACCCCCAGAGAAGUUUUGGGUCCCAGAGCCAGUGCUGGACCCCCGAAGCAUUUUUGGGUCUGAGGGCCAGUGCUGGACCCCCAAAGCAGUUUUGGGUCUGAGGACAAAGUGCCUGAACCCCCAGAGCAGUUUUGGGUCUGUGGGUAAAAUGCCUGAACCCCCAGAGCAGUUUUAGGUCUGAGGACAAAGUGCCUGAACCUCCAGAGCAGUUUAGGGUCUUAGGGUCAGUGCCUGAACCUCCAGAGCAGUUUAGGGUCUUAGGGUCAGUGCCUGAACCUCCAGAGCAGUUUUGGGUCUGAGGACAAAGUGCCUGAACCCCCAAAGCAGUUUUGGGUCUGAGGGUAAAGUGCCUGAACCCCCAGAGCAGUUUUGAGUCCCAGAGCCAGUGCUGAACCCCCAGAGCAGGCACAGGGCUGAUGUCCCAGUCUCCUCCUGCAUCCCUGGAAUGGGAAGGACUCUGCAUGGUUGGGGUGUUAGUGCCGAGCCAAAGGGUUGAACAAAUGCACAGUGACACACCUUGGCUGUAAUUCCUGGCUGGUCUUUCUGCUCCUUUGUCCCAGGGGCAGGAGAACUGUUUAUUUUUAUUGCACUUCUAAUAAAUGUGGAAUAUUC